GCGGUCGCCUCCUGUUUUGCGGCACCCGGCGGACAUCACAUGACGGCUGUGCGGCAAUUCUAGGUUUUUAAUCGGUUCGCCCAAGUUCUCUCGCUGAACAACAGUUCCUUCUUCGAGUUCGGGUUCCACAACACCACAAGCCAUGGCUCUCAGCGACUCCGACGUCCAAAAGCAGAUCAAGCACAUGAUGGCUUUCAUCGACCAGGAAGCCAACGAGAAGGCAGAAGAAGUAGACGCCAAGGCGGAAGAAGAGUUCAACAUCGAGAAGGGUCGCCUGGUCACGGAGCAAAGGCUCAAGAUCAUCGACUACUACACCCGUCGAGAGAAGCAAGUUGAGCUGCAGCGCAAGAUCCAAAGCUCCAACAUGCUGAACCAGGCCCGGCUGAAGGUGCUGAAGGCCGGCGAGGACCACAUUGCGACGGUGCUAGAGGAAGCCAAGCGCCGCCUGGGGGACAUCACCAGGGACCAGGCUCGCUACCAAGCCCUCCUGCAGAGCAUGGUUCUGCAGGCACUGCUUCAGCUCCUCGAGCAGGAGGUAAUCGUCCACUGCCGACCGCAAGACGCUGGGCUACUGAACUUGGACACGCUGAGUGCCAAGUUCAAGGAGGCCACUGGCCGAAAGGUCAAGCUCAGCGUGGAGCCCAGCCUGGCGUCGAGCAGCUGCGGCGGAGUCGAGAUGCUGUCCAGGCGGGGCAAGAUUCGUGUCUGCAAUACGCUCGAGUCGCGGCUGGACAUGAUCGCCCUCCAGCUUCUGCCGCAGAUCAGGACGGCCCUCUUCGGCAGGAACCCCAACCGCAAGUUCAUGGACUAGGUGGGCUAUUGCCCCGCCGUUCGGCCCAGUAGGCUGGACGGUGUUUACGGCCCAGUAUGCUGGUCAUAAUUUAUGGCCUUGUAUGCUGACCAGCAAUUACGGCCUAGUAUGCCGAUUGGAAUUUACAGUUCUGCGUGCUGGCUGGAAUUCAUGGCCCUAUGCUAACCAGAAAUUACGCACCAGUGUGCCGACCAGAAAUCGUGACCCAGUACACUGGUCGGAAUUUACGGUUCAGCCUGCUGGCCGGAAUUUAUGGUUUGUAUGCUGGCUGGAGUUCACAGUUCAGUAAACUGGCCAGCAUUUACAGACCAGUAUGCUGGUCGGAAUUUACGGACCUGUACAAUGGCCAGAGGUUACGGUUCAGUACGCUAGCUCGAGUUCCUGUUCGGUAUGCUGGCUAAACAUUUGUGGUUCAAUAUGCUGGCUGGAAUCUAUGGCCCAGCACACUAGACAUAAUGUUCAGUACGCUGGGCGGAAUAGUCCCCCUGGAUCUGCAGGCACUCGUGUAGAUAGUCCCGGGAGUCUUGCGGAGUUUGUGUGGAAUAUAUUGUUCUUUGUUAGAAUACUGCAGUUAUGUGCUGAAAUCCGAAGAAAAGACAAAAAAAAUAUUUUUUCUAAUGUUUUUUAAUUUUUUGUCACUAUUUCGUGCUAAACUCUUAAUGUGGUAGUUCUGUUUUCAUGUAUAUGUAGGCAAGGGAGUUGCAUCUGUCUGGUGUGCAUUAAGAUAUGUAUUCAAAUACAAACCUGUUGGUCUGUCUGACCUAUGGACAAACGUGUAGAUAGUGCAGUCUUUUGUGGGGCUUGUGUGGUACACAUUAUGUAGUUCCCAGGAUAAAUUAUUAUUUUUUUUUUAAUGUUGCCGUUAAGAGCUGGAAUUUCCAAAAAGAAAUUAAGAGAUUUUUGCUAAUUUUGUGAAGGUCGUUUCUCUUCUACUUUUCAUGUUAUCGGUCUAGAUGCAAUGGCGUUUUUGUUGUGUAUACGUAUCUGUAGGUGUGAAGCCUGUCUCCAUCUGAUGCGCAUAAAAAUUUGAAUUCAAUGA